AUGGCAGAUCAAAUCACCACCAGCAACGGGGCGCCUCCGUCGGGCGCCUCGGAACCUACGAAGCAGAAGGAGCUGUACCCCAUGACGCCGUGGAAGUACGAUGCGUUCCUGCACGUCUUCGCCGUCCUGGUUGACCUGUUCUUCCGCGAAGUCCAUCCGAGAGGAGCAUGGAAAGUCCCGAAAUCCGGCCCCAUCCUAUUCGUCGCAGCACCGCAUGCCAACCAGUUCGUUGACGGCCUCGUUCUCCAGAGGACCCUGAAGGUCGAAGCCAACCGACGCGUCGGCCUCCUUAUCGCCGAGAAAUCUGUACAUGGCUUCAUCGGAUGGGGCUCGCGACAGACGGGCUCGGUCCCGGUCGGACGAGCACAGGAUAAGGCGAAAGCGGCAACAGGCUUCAUCUACCUUCCCGACCCGAUCAACGACCCUACACUUAUACGAGGCGUUGGGACCGACUUUGAAAAGGAGGCCGAGAUCGGCGGUAUGAUCUUCUUGCCUUCCGUCAAGGGCGAGUCCGGAAGCUCCGUCGACAUCUCUAAGAUCAUUGGGCCGGAAGAGCUGCGAACCAAGCGGCCGUUCAAGGGGAAGCUCCCCAUGCGACAGCUCACUGGACGAGACGACAUCGAUGGGCAGGGAAACCUGGGUGACCGACAAUUUAAGGGACCGAAGGAUGGGUACGAGGGCACCAAGUACAAGCUGGCCCCUCACAUUGACCAAACCGAUGUCUACAAGGCCGUCUUCACCCGGUUGAGGACGGGCGGCUGUAUCGGAAUCUUCCCCGAAGGUGGUAGUCAUGACAGAACGGAAUUGCUACCACUGAAGGCAGGUGUGGCUAUUAUGGCACUUGGUACUCUGGCUGAGGACCCUGACUGUGGACUGCAAAUCGUGCCUGUUGGCAUGAAUUACUUCCAUGCCCACAAGUUCCGAUCGCGGGCUGUGGUUGAGUUCGGUGCGCCGUUCAAGAUUCCGAGGGAUAUAGUCGACAAGUACAAGAACAACGAACGGAGAGAUGCAAUAGGCCAGACCCUCGACAUGGUCCAUCAGGCUCUCAGUGCCGUCACGGUGUCCUCCCCGGACUACGACACUCUGAUGUGCAUACAGGCGGCGCGGCGUCUCUACAACACGGGAAGAAAGAUGCCUCUGCCAAUGGUAGUGGAACUCAACAGACGGCUGGCCGUGGGUUUCUCAAAGUACAAGGAGGAUCCGCGCAUUGCCAACCUGAUGGAUAAUCUCAGGGACUACAAUAAGCAGCUUCACUACCUGAACAUCAAGGACCACCAAGUCUCCUACGCCAAGAUGACUCUACCGACCGUCAUUUUCACUCUUCUGUAUCGGGUGGCUAAGAUACUGGUACUCUCUAUCGGUGUAGUCCCGGGCUUGGUUCUCUUUGCCCCCGUCUUCGUCGCGACGAAGUACAUCAGCCACAAGAAAGCGAAGGAAGCACUUGCCGGCUCGUCCGUCAAGAUCCAAGGUCGGGAUGUGAUGGCAACGUGGAAGCUUCUUGUCGCCAUGUCAUUUGCACCUGCGCUUUACAACCUCUAUUCCAUAACACUUGCGGUCAAGGUUUACCAAGAUCAUCUCUGGGGUUAUGUACCUGACUGGGUACCGUUCUGGCUCGUUUACAUGAUUGCUUGGAUCAUAUUUCCUGCCAUCACCUACGCCGCUUUUCGCAUAGGCGAGGUCGGAAUGGACAUCCUCAAGUCCCUUCGGCCGCUUGUUCUGUGUAUCAGUCCGACGUCGAGCUACAAUGUCCACAAGCUGCGUGAGAGGCGGGCCAAAUUAUCUGAGAAGGUCGUUUCGGUGAUCAACGAUCUUGGUCCAGACAUGUACGAGGAUUUCGACCAUACUCGGCUCGUCUCGGACCCCUUCCGCGAGGACGGCUUCCUCAGCUCGCCAGAGCAAGCUGGAAUGCACCGGGGCACCGACUCGAAUGAAUCUACGCCUCCCGACUCGCCAAGCGUAUCACGGAGAAACACUACGCAGUCGAGCCGCGCGAUUCCCCGGAACGAGUCGUUCAGCAACAUUGGUGCUGUUGGCAUAUUCGCGACCCGGCCCCCAUCGCGAAAUAGGAGUAGAAGUAGGAGCAGAAGCCGGAGUCGAAGCAACAGCGCUGGCAGUGGGGGCUUCGUGUCUGGGGGCUUCCCGAUCUCGGGCUUCACGAAGUUGGACUCGCAGGAGGGCUUUGCCGAGGCUAACAGCAAGAUAAGGACCGCAAUGCGACAAAGGGGGCUGCGGAGGAGAAAGAGUGGUGUCUCUAUUGUCUCGAGUGACGGCGAGACUGGCGAGAAGAGUGGCUAUAGUACCGAGUAA